AUGUCCAAUUCUUUGUUCAUCACCUGCAAGAACAUAGAAACCUGUUCAGAGCCCCAUCACUCAGGGCAACACCUCCAUGGUUCCUGGACUGGAGAAAUCAGACAAGAAAUCCUGAGUAGCCAGUGGGAUGAGGUGAGCGUGCUGGACGACCAGCGCCGCCUGACUAGGACCUUCGAGGCGUGCCACGUGGCAGGGGCCCCCACAGGCACUGGGCAGGACAACUGGCUGCAGACGCACUUUGUGGAGCUGCGAGGGGCCCAGAGGGUACACAUCAGACUACACUUCUCCGUGAGAGCCUGCAACAGCCUGGGUGUGAGCGGGGGCACCUGCAGGGAGACCUUCACCCUCUACUACCGCCAGGCUGAGGAGCCCGAUGCCCCUGACAGCAGCCCUGCCUGGCACCUCAGGCAGUGGACCAAGGUGGACACCAUUGCAGCAGACGAGAGCUUCCCUGCCUCCUCCUCCUCCUCCACAUGGGCCGUGGGCCUCCACAGGACUGGGCAGAGGGUCGGGCUGCAGCUGAACGUCAAGGAGCGCAGCUUUGGCCCUCUCACUCAGCGCGGCUUCUACGUGGCCUUCCAGGACACAGGGGCUUGCCUGGCCCUGGUGGCUGUGAAGCUCUUCUCCUACAGCUGCGCCCCCAUGCUGCGGGCCUUUGCCUCCUUUCCUGAGACACAGGCCAGUGGGGCUAGGGGGGCUUCCCUGGUGGCAGCAGUGGGCACCUGUGUGGCUCACGCAGAGCUGGAGGAGGAUGGGGCAGGGAGCCAGGCAGGACAGCAUCCCUAGUCUGCACUGCAGUGAGAGGGUACCUCAGUGGUAGCUGCGGAAAGAAAUUGUAGAUUGGAGGCUGCUAGUGCCUCCUAUUCACCAUCUCUUCCACCAUGCUAUGAUACCCCUUCCCUAGCACCUCACACCCUCCCCUUCUCA